AUUUAAUUAUUGGCACUCCGAGUUAAAAAAAUAUCACAUCCCCUUUCUAUUAAAUACGACGUCAUUUCAUUUCUAGGGUUAGCACCUUAAUUGAACCCAACAGUGUUAUACUAAGACAUGUGCUAAUAAACUAACGUUGUACUUGUACAAGUUCAAAAAAUAUGUAUUUAAUACCCAAUACCCCAGAAGUUGCUGAGACAGAGAGUUCCAAUGGAUAAGCCUAGCUAUAGUUAUACACAGCCUUCAGCUUCAUCUUUAGCUCCUAAUCAGAACGAUGAGCUUUUUUUCUCCGGUGACCGGAACUUCGCUGUCCAUGGUGAGAUCAUGUUACUUGUACUAGUCUUGUUGUUUUCUUGCUUCCUAUUCUUUAUUGUCUUCUUCUUGUGUAAAAGGCGGUCCGACGAUUAUAAUUAUGAUUCUCCGAAGCUGUCGGAGCCGACUACACCGAUGAAUUCUACGGUUGAUACGUUUAAAUUUCAGUUAAAAACUGGAUUAAAUUUGAUGCCGGAGUCAAAUUUGAGUCAUGCUGAAGGUUUCCGGCAAACUCAGUCGCCAGUGUAGCAGUAUAGUUGGGAUUAUUACAUGGUAGAUAAUUAACUCUUGACUUCUGAAAUUGCCACGUGGCUUCAUUAGAUUUGAGUAGAUGAACAUGGCGGUUUGUAAUUGGCGAGCCUGGCGGAGGAGGAGAAAAUUCAGGCAACUGCUUAUAGAAUAUAUGUUAUACUUGUGUAUAUUAUAUAAUUAAUACUUCUGUUUUGUAUUAUUGUGGAUGCUUGAUUACUUUAAAUUAAUUUUGUUUCGCUUCUUAA